AUGCACCGAACUGCUCUUCCUCAGCGCCUUGGGCGCAAUGCGCAUGCGGCCUUGCUCCAUCGUCAACUCCCCUCGACACUUCUGCGGGCUUCAUUCUCGACCUCGAUCCGCGCUGCGAGCGGCGCCCCGGAUGUAAUCGUCCCCAGAGUUGCCAAAGUGUCCUUUUGGAAGUCGAUGGUUCCCAAGUUUAUGCGAUUCGGCGAUGACUCCGUCCACCACACCAAGAUGCCGAAAUCGAACGAGUGGAACCCGGCGACCUUCUUUAUCAUCAUUUUUCUAAUGAUUGGAUCCAUGGCUAUCCAGAUGAUCUCGCUCAAGAAGGAUUUUGCGGCUUUUACGCGCCAGACCGAUGUCCGGAUCAAUACCCUGCGCGAGGUGGUCGAGAGGAUACAGAAGGGAGAAGAUGUGGAUGUUGAAAAGGUGCUGGGCACUGGUGAUCCGGAGAGGGAGGCUGCUUGGGAUGAAGUUCUCAAGGAGAUCGAGCGCGAAGAAAUCAUGCACAAGACAAAACAACAGAAGGCAGCGAAGCAAGCCAAGCCAGAGCCUGCAAAGGAACAAGCCCAAACACAGACCCAGACCGAGACGGACAGCGCGCCCAAGAUUUCGGCCGCAGCUCUCAAGGGUGCCUUCUUCUAA